AUGUCUAUUGAAAUACUGAAAAGAGCGCCGGAUGAGCUGGAACUUGCAGCAAAGCGCACGAAACAAGACCUCGCACUUGCCACUACAACUGACAAUACCUUACCACCCAGAACCUCAGACCUGACAGCUCCCAUCAUGCAUCUUACCGGUCAUGCAGCCGAGGUGUUCUGUUGCAAGUUCGGCCCCUACGGUGAUAUCUUAGCCAGUGCCGGGUUUGAUAGGCAGAUAUUCUUGUGGAAUGUUUUUGGUGAAUGUGAGAACAUUGCUUGCUUACCAGGGCACACCGGCUCCAUUUCUCAAAUAUGUUUUACGAAGGACGGGACGCAUUUAGUUUCUGCUUCAACUGACAAGAGUAUGGCAAUGUGGGAUCUAGAGGCUGGUUUAGAAGUAGGCAUUUUCACGGUCAUCCUACCUAUUGAACCUAUUGAGGGGUUUAGAAGUGUACGAGUGAGGCGGUUUAAAGGUCACCAGUCGUUUGUAAACAGUUGUGACGUGUCGGACAACCCCACAAUGAUCUGUAGUGGCAGUGAUGAUGGGACGGUCAGACUUUGGGACAGUCGGAGACGGCAUUGUGUCAAAACUCUCAACAGCAAAUAUCAGGUUACUGCGGUUUGUUUCAACGAAAAAGCAGAUAACAUAAUGUCCGGCGGCAUCGAUAAUCAUAUCAAAAUGUGGGACUUAAAACAUGGAGAGGUCAGUCUAGAAAUGAAGGGACAUUGUGACACGGUCACUUGUUUAUCCUUGUCACCCGACGGAAACUUCGUACUUUCCAACUCCAUGGACAAUACAGUCAGGAUGUGGGACGUGAGACCCUUCGCCCCAGCAAACCGAUGUCUCAAAGCAUUUGUUGGUGCUCAACACAACUUCGAGAAGAAUCUUAUCAGAUGUUGUUGGUCCCCCCAAGGCACCAAGAUAGUGAGCGGUUCGUCAGAUCGUAUGGUGUACGUUUGGGACACCUCCUCUCGGAAGCUCCUUUAUAAACUGCCUGGUCAUACGGGGACGGUGAACGAUGUGGAUUGCCAUCCCACUCAGCCCAUCCUUAUGACAGCAUCCAGUGACAAAUCUAUAUAUAUGGGUGAACUGAAAUGA